AUGGCUUCUGUAUUGGCAUCGCUUACCAGCUACAACAGCGACUCGGACGACGAUGCUGGGCCAAGCAGAGAUGCAGUGUCGAGCGCUGCGACAGUUGCGGCGGCUAAGCCAGCCUCUUGCAAACUCGACUCGCUGCUUCCGUCCCCAAGAGCUGGUUUGGCAUCCCAGCUACCUGUGCCCUCGUCGUCUUCGAGUCCAAGUAGGCUGUCACUGCCGCCACCUGCAUCUUCCUCCAAGCGCAAAGUGAUCAAAGUCGAGUCGUUCAAGUCUUACAAUGGCAGCGACGACACGCACGAUUUGGACCGUGUCGCAGAAUCUGGAAUCAGCAGCAAAAAGCCAAAGCUGGGAUCUAGUAUAGCAAGCGGUAGCUCGGUCAAGCACUCGCUGUUCGGCAUGCUACCAGCACCCAAGCGCAGCAACGACGAGGUUCUGGCCGAGAGGAACCAAGAGGCGCAGACAAAGAAAGCGGCCAAAUCCAUGAAUGAGAUAGAUGCGCCGUUGACAGAGGCACCUGAGGCACCUCUGAAGAUCCACGAACCCGCCGUUAGUGCUGCAUCUCCGGAUCAACAGGACGAUUCCGCUGCUGCGGCGAAUAGCAGACCGAAGGCAAAGAACAAUGAUGCGUUUAGGGCCAUGCUUGGGCUCAAGCCUGCAGCAAACAAGCCGGAUGCGCCUGCCGCUGCCUCUUCAGACCGCGCCUCCAAAAGCUCGGAUUCAACGACAUCCACACAAGCGUUGACAUCGACGUCAAGCACGGAAGCACCAUUAGCGUCGUCGCAUUUCGAACCAUCAUCGAGCAAGACAGAGGCGGCAGCAUCGGUCGACUUUUUCUCGCUCGACACGGCGCGUCCUCUGAACAGCGAUGCGCCCACAUCGCAUACGCCAUCUUUCUGCGUCUCAUCUGCACCGGUCAUAGAUCAAUCAGAGGGGCAACCAUCGGCAGAUGCAGUCGACUCCACGCAUUCGGCCUCGGAAUAUCCAGGCUGGCAGCUCGAUCAUGACGGCUUGUGGGUGCCCAUCACUGCUGAAGCACAAGCGCAAUUUGUCGCGUACCAGCAAUCGCUCGUUCGCUCCUCGCUUGCAUCAUCAUCCAAGAGCACACCCAACCUUGAUGGCACACGCGACCUUUUAGCUGCAGGACUCACACCGCAAGACAUUCAAGCGUUCGACGCCUCCACUGCAGCCCGCCAGGCCUAUCUCUCUGCAAGCGGUGACGAAACGGAUAGUGACAAGUACGCCGCCGCUGCCGAAUUUGCCGCGGGGAACCGAGACGUGCCACAGCGCAAACCAGGUAUGCUUAAAGGCCUCAAGAAGGGCCAGUUGAGUAGCAUCGUCAACCUGGCCGCUGAGAACAGAGCGCAGUUGGAACAGAGGUGGAAGAAGGGUCGCGAGGCCAUGGCUCGCGGUAUGAAUCAGUAUGGCUGGUGA